GAAAUGUAUCUUAAACAGCUAAUGUUUGUGCUGGUGUUGAUUGCAACGGCGGCUGUAGAUGCUAAUGUGACGAAUAAAUUAACGUUGCUUGAUAAACGAAUUGACUUUGUAGAAUUACGCAUGAAUACCGACAACGAACAGGCAAAUGAAAUGUUUACAACGUUGCAACAUAAUUACGAGAAGCUAAAUGAUUCUGUCCAUCAUCUAAAGGAUCAGAAGUGUCCUCAAAGCAUGGAUAGGGAAGAAAAACGAGAGAAGACUGAUAUUAAUGCAAAAGAUAUCAUUGAAAUGCAGACUCAAAGUCAAAUGUUGGUAUCGCUUGGAAUCGAAAGCGAGAAAAAAUGGACCAGGGAUAAAGUUGGAAAACUUACUAAUCAGUUAAGUGAACAUACUGAUUUGUUAAAGAGGCAGUGGUCAGAUCUUUCAAAUCAGAUUCAUUUACAAAAUGAUCAGGUAACAAAAAACUUUUCAAAACAAAAUGAUAUAAAUGACGCUAUUAUAAAGAAAAGUGAACAAAUGGAAGAUCAAGUGAAUAUGAAUCUCAAAAAGAUAGAAAUGAUGCUAAUUAAACAGCAAAAAGAAAUAGAAAAUUUAACGGAAUUCUUGGCGAAAAUAAACAGUACUUUAUAUUCUAUAAUACCAACAACGACACAUGCACAAACAACAACUCCUAAAGUGACAACUUUUAUUUGUCCAACGGGCUGGAUAAGUUUCUCAUCAUAUUGUUACUUGCAUGUAAAUGAGAGGAAAACGUUCAGAAAAGCACGUGCUAAUUGUGAAUCUGUCGGAGCAUCUUUGGCAGACUUAAUAAGUCAAACAGAAAAUUCUUUUGUUGUUGAAAAGUUUCGAAUCGAUUUUGGAACGUGGAUUGGAUACUCUGAUGAGGAGACAGAAGGGACAUGGGUUUCAUUGAGAACUGGUCAAUCUGCUAGAUUUACAAAUUUUAGACCAGGACAACCUGACGGCGACACCCUCCAGAACUGUGCAAUAAUCGGAUAUGAAACCCCAUUUGAAAUGUGGAAUGACUGGCAAUGUUAUGACUAUUGGAAAUCUAUUUGUAAAAAGAAUGCCAGCAUUUCUAUAUAAGGGUGAUGAUAUAUAUCGACAGUUUUAACCCAAAGGGCAAAGUAGGACGUACAGAGAAUUUUAUUAGUACGCUAAACUUUCUGCUCAAUAAGAUAGCUUUUAAUCUAGAAUUAUGAAAUAACUUUUUGCAAACAUCUCAUAUAACUCGUAUAUGUUUUAUUAUGUAUUUCAAUGUUCACUUUGAAGUUAGACAUAUUUUCUUAAUAAUACUUUACCAAUUUCCGAGUGCCCGACAGUCAUAAAGAAUUAUGUCGAUUUCAACAACCUUUAUUCCAUUGUCUUUGAUCAUUUUGGUUUCAAUAAAUCUCCUUUAUAUCUU